AUGACCAGCAACGGGAUGGCCGCCGACAGCGUGGGAAUCGAAUGGUUCUGCAGCCAACAUACAGAUGGCUUCAGCGGCGUGAUUAAGUCUACACCAGAAGACUUUCAAGUCCGAGAAGUGAGCAUGGACGGGGAGAUCGUCGACCUUCCAUCGGACCGCCGACAAGAGGGCCACAUAGCGCCUUCCCCGCCAUUGUCCCAACCAAAACCAACGAUUUAUGUGGCCGUUCACGAGCCGAGCGAAGGAUGGGAGGCCUUCUUGGCCUCGAAGCUGAGUCCCGACGUUAUUCAAACCAUCGCCAAUAUCAUGUUGGAGACGGUCGAGGAAGUCGACGUGCCGGCGCCAGCAGACCUAAGUGACAAAGUCCACUUGCUUCACGCGAUUCAGCAUCGCUUCCCUGGGGUCCAGAGCAACAACGCCAAGGACGCGGCGACUGGUCAAGUCUCAAUCAAACUGUCGCUCGACCCUGUGUACCGUAAACUUCGGCGUGGCGGCGUGGACGUCGACGACUGCAGCGUCAUCCUCUCGUUUCUCCUUCGCGGUCCCAUGGACGCAAAGGCCGAGGCCGGCGCGGCGCUUGGCGGCGGCAAGUCCAAAGAUCAGCGCACCCUCGUACAUCGCGCCGUGUCGUCCGCCAGCAACUGUUUGGUGUCGAAAACCUCCGACACUGGCGGGGUCCACGUGUACUUUUCGCCCAAAACGCUGCUGCGACGAAAGCGCAAACUCGACACGUAUCUUUUGUUUACGUUGAAAAAGACCAACAUGGACCAUUUCACGGCGCUAGACGUGCUGGCGCGGGCGUGUCACGCGUCCGUGUCUGACUUCUCCAUCGCUGGCACCAAGGACAAGCGAGCCGUGACGUACCAGCAUGUCGUGCCCAAGAACGUGUCGCAUGAGGUAUUGACAAGCGUCCAAGACAAGCUCGAGGUACAGGGCCUCCAAGUCGGCGCCUUGCGCUACGUCGAACGACCUCUGGCGUUGGGGCAAUCUCGAGGCAAUCGGUUUACGAUUCGCAUUCGACAAGCUCACGUGUCUCGGCAGGAGGUGGACAAGGCGAUAGCGAGCGUACGUUCACACGGAUGCAUCAACUACUUUGGACAUCAACGGGUUGGCGACCCCGCCGCCGUGCCCAUCCGGAGCCACCACAUUGGCCGCGCCAUGCUGCAGCAAGACUGGCCCGAGGCCCUUCGCCUGCUCUUUUCGCAAACCCAAGCGCAGGAUUUGAAUUUGGCGGCCAAGCAAGCUUUUCUCGACACUCGCAACAUUGCCCAGGCGCUCAAGGACUUGCCCCCCAAGUGUGUGAACGAGCGCACAGUGUUGAUGGGACUCAGGCGCCACGGACACUCCGACGUCAAGAAAGCGAUGCUGCAGAUCCCAUAUCACCGCCGAGUCUUGUACUUGCAUGCGUACCAGAGUGUCUUGUUCAACCUCAUGGCGACCUAUCGCGUCCAAACCCAUGGGGCGGCGGUGAUGCGCGGGGACCUUGUGCUGGACUCCACCACCGGCGCCGUCCGAGUGGUCGGCGACCAUCCGGACGUGGAGGCGUUGACAGACGUCGUGCUGCCAUUGGUCGGCACCAAAGUGCAAUUUCCCGCCAACGACGUUGGGGCAAAGUACAUGGAGUUGCUGCGGGACGAACGGGUGGACCCGGCGACGUGGAGCCAAGACGCGACGGUGAAGGGCGCGUACAGACAUCUCAUUUGCCGGCCGUCGGAUCUGGCCUGGGAUAUGGACGAGGCCACCGCGAAUGUCGUGGCUGUGUCCAUGCAACUGCCCCCGGGCUCCUUUGCCACGAUCGUUCUUCGAGAAAUCAUGAAGCAGCACCCCCACGAGACGCCCAACACCGCUCCUCCAAAUGUCGAUAUGACGGAUGUGCUGCUUGAUUUGGAACGGGCGCUGGUGCGACACCAGGACGAGUCCACGUACGAGCGGCGGCCGCAUCUAGUCGUGUCCCUAGAGAACCAGUGCGUCGAGUACACCCCUCGCACCUUGGCCAAGACGAGGAACGAGCUCGUGGCGCUACGUCAGCGCGUGGUGGCGUUAGAGUUGCUUCUGGCGGCCCAUCCCCCAGAUCUAGACGACCGAGUUCUGUUGAAACAACCCGCAAAGUUGCUGCCUCCGCUAGCCGAACCCACGACCACCCACCUCGCUCAAUCGUCUUCGUUGACUCAGUUGCCACCUCCAGUUCAAGCCCAACCCGCGUUUACACUCAGUCGACAAGCGUCCGCCCCGGCGUUGCUCCCCCUGCAACCCCUCAUUCCCGUGUCCGUCCGUCCUGUCGACAAGGCAUCGGAGUUGGCUGCAAAGUCUGUAGAAACGCUAAGGGAAGUUCGCAUGUCGACCAAAUUCAUAGCCGACCAAGACGGGUCGCUGGUCGUGGCCGUGUCGAAACGAAGUCGUUUGUACGAGAUCAUCCAACGCGUGACCAACCGCGUCCAAAUCAACGACGAGCAGAUCCUCCGGCUGAAAAAGAUGGUGGACGCAGAGUUUGGCGAUGUCAUUGCAGUGUUGGAAGCCGUGGAUGCCGAAGUAAACGCCCACGUGGUGACGGAGAAGCUCCACCACUUGAUCCAAACGGGGUCGCCCUCCAAGUUUUAUGCGCAAGGCUCGCCGCCCAAGUUUAAACCGUCCGACGUGCCGUACCCGCUGACCAAGAUCGCGCACUGUUUGUCGUCGUUGCCGGUGAGCCAAGAAGUAGUCGUGCUCGUGUCCAGCGGCGCAUACAACCCCGUGCACAUGCUGCACAUCCGGGCGUUUUACGUCGCCCGCCAGCAUAUCGAAGCCAACUACAAAUACCCCGUCGUGGGAGGCAUCAUCUCGCCAUGCCACGACACUUAUGUGCGAACCAAAAACCGCCGGACACCACGGGAAAUGAUUCCGAAAGCGCACCGACUGGCCAUGUUGGAGGCAGCGACGGCGUCGUCGACGUGGAUUGAAGUGGACAAGUGGGAGAUCACCCGCCGCCGCGUGCUCGACUACCUCAGCACCCUCACCCACGUCCGCGAGAUUUGCGAGCACCAGUUCCCGCACUUCAAAUUUCGCGUCGUGUAUGUGUGUGGGGUCAACACGAUCGUCAAGCUAAGCCACACGGCGUUGAAAGACGAAGGGUUUGGGGUCUUGGCUAUUUGUCGCCCCAACCAAACGGACAUGCUGCACAAACACCUCGGCGCCAAAUGGACCAAAACGGCGAUUGUGGUCGAAGACGUAGGGGUACUCGCAUGCGAAUUGGAGCGCGCGACGAGCUUUCGCGUGCGCCAGGCCCUGAUCCAGCGCCAAGGCAGCGACAUCGCGCCCAUGGUCGGCAAGUGCGUCGACGAGUACAUGGCCCGGCACCGUAUUGGCGACAAGAUCGCCGGCCGCGAGCCGUGGACGUCGGGGGACCGGUUGUGGAGGACGCAGGACCUCCCCCACGUCGAAUACAUCGAGUCCGAAGCGAUCCAAAGCAGGCAUGCAGACAGCUUGGUAGAUCGCAUCGAUUGA